AUGGACGAAUCGCUCGGGCCGCUGGUUGUGUCGGCCGAGCCGGCCCUUCUGCCGCCACGGACGCCUCUUCACGGCCGCUACAGCGCAGUAGUUCCCCUGCAGCCGGAGCACUGGCGAGCCAUUUACAGGCAUCUCGGGGGAGAGGAAAACGCCUGGCGAUGGAAAUACAUGCUCAUUGAUGGCUUCUCCAGCGAGGAAGCGUGCGAGACGACGAUCAAGGCCUGGUCCGCAUCGCAGGAUCCCGUUUACUACGCCGUUCUUUCGGGCCCUGCUUCCGAUGCCGCUUCGGAGCCGGCCGGCAUGUUGGCGUAUCUGGGUAUUGUGCCUGGCCAUCGCAGGAUUGAGAUUGGAGGGGUGAUUCUCGGGGAGGUAUUGAAGCAUUCUAGGGCGGCGACGGAGGCAUUUUACUUGUUUAUGAAGCAUUCCUUUGAGGAUUUGGGAUAUUUGCGGGUUGAGUGGAAGGCGAACCAGCUCAAUGAGCCAAGUGUGGCAGCGGCCAAGCGCUUGGGCUUUACUUUUGAGGGCAUCUUUAGGAAACACAUGAUUGUAAAGGGCAGACGCAGGGACACUGCUUGGCUGAGCAUCAUCGACGAUGAAUGGGAGGCUGCACGAAGGGGAUUCGAGCUCUGGCUGGAUGAGAGCAACUUUGAUGAGAAUGGGAAGCAGAAGAGAGGAUUGCGAGAAUGCAGAGAAACAUGA